UAGAGAUCGCCCUCAUAACCAGAUUAGUCACCAAAUCAUGUCUGUGCCAGAAAGUGUUUUAGUGAUAACCCGCAUAUUAUUCUUCUUUACCAUGGAUCCCGAGGAAAGUGAAAUCGCCAACAAAAUAUUUCUAAACCCCUACCUGGUUUGCAAAAUUCUACAAAACGUUGACAGUUUGCCAGAAUUAAAAAACGCCAGGCUAGUAAAUUCUACAUGGAAGGAUGCCCUGCAAUCUGUCUUUCUUCAGAAAACAAUUGUGAACUUGAACCUCCCCCAGCUCUCUCAUGCACAACUACUCCAAUACAUUUACAACUGUGGGCAUUACCACCAUCAUGAUUUCAAAUUGCAAAUUUCCUACACGGAAAACAGUAUCAAGACUUUGAUUCUAGAACUUUUUAGAAUUCAUAAAGUGAAAACCAUCAAAAUUUCGUGGAUCCUGUUAAGCGAUGGUAUAAACGAGAUGGAAUUCGUCGGUGACAUUCUUCAUCUACUGCCUUCUCUUGGUAGGCUUAACAUUGCCCUGGAAUGCGGAGCGGGUCACCCUGUCAGGAAUAGCUUCCCAUUUGCAGAAGAUAGAAUUUGUCUUCAUCAACUUGAAUGGUUGACCCUUGACCUGAACGGGAUGGAAGGGAUGUCAGACGCCUCCUUUGAUCUGCACCAUUUAGUUUUCCCUGCCCUACAGUACGCACACUUGGCCAGGAAUGUAACCGUCCUUGAACUACUUGGUCCGACGUGCUUCAAUGACAUGGUGAUUAUCCAGGCAAUGGAUGAUGGUGUGAUGCCAAGACUGGAACGACUUACAGUUUGGGGGGUAACUUUGAGUUGGUUGAAGUUUUUAAAGGGGAGGCCACUAAAUCAAAUUUGGGUACCUCUGGACGGAUUCCAAAUGGAAGGGGGUUAUUGUAAUGAUGAAAUAAGGAGGAUUUUGGAUGUUUUUUCAGAGACACUGCGAACCUUGAAAAUCUGCGGGGUGGAAUAUAAGGUUUGAUUGUUUGUAGUGACUUGUAUCUAUCUUAAGGCGGGACAUGCAUGGCUCUGUUAAAAGCAAAUAUUCGACUUACAAUGCGAUGGCGUGAAGUGAUCAUCUCCGAUUUUGAUGGGACUAAUUUUAAUUUGUUCACCGAAAAAAAUAAGCCGACCCGUAUUUUUGCGUUUUCGAUAAUGCGCGCAUUUAAGCGCGUGGUGGGAACAUGUGUGCUCAGAAUUACAUCCUCGAGUUUAAAAAAAUAUUUUUUUUCGAAAUUUGGAAAUUUAGAAAAUUUUCGAGUUAUUCAAAAUUUUGAAAUUUUUCAAAAUUCAAAAGCUGCAUAAAAAUUUGAAUUUACAAAAAAAUUUUAAAACACAAUUUUAUAAAUUAGACAAAGUAAUUCUAAGCAUACAUGUUCUUGAUUUUUAGCCCGAACCUGGGCUUAUGUACCCGUUCUGUCUGUCUGUCUGUCCGUCUGUCUGUCUGAUCGAUUUGGAUGAAAUUUGGCAGAAAUGUGCAUCUAUGGAGUGUGACGUGCUGUAUAGUUUUUGGGGUUGAUUGGAUAAGUGGUUGACCGGUGGGGGUCGAAAAUAUUUUCACCGAUUAACCUAGA